AUGCCAAUCGAUACCUCAAACCAAGACAAGGGCGUCACUGGAGCCGCCAAAUUUGUCACAUCCACACUUGGUAACACGGUCGGCGGUGUCACUCGCACCCUGGGUGGAGUCACUGGAGCCGCUGGGCGAGGCGUUGGCAGUACCAUCACCAGUGCGACAGGCAGCGCGGGUGAGGGAGUCGGGAACGCGCUGGGAAGUGCAAGCUCGGGAAUUGAGGAUGGAGCGAAAACGGUAGCAAAGGGAGUUGAGGACGCCGGGAAAUGGAAAUGA